CUGCUCUAAUUAGACUUUAUAUAUUUUCUUUCCUUUGCCUUUUCUUCUUCUUUUGAUUUUCUCUUUUUGAAAGUAAAAACAGAGAGAGAUAAAUAUAAUGAGUGCAAUGGACAUUAGUGAUUCAGAACCUCCGAUGAAUGUAAAGGAAGAUCAAGAUGCUGUUUUAUCAAUGGCACAAAGUCAUUCAGGGCUUUCCAUCUCAGUACAUCCUCUUGUUCUUCUCAACAUCUCGGAUCACUAUACACGAAUCAAGCUUCAGAAUCCAUCAGCAUUUGAAAAGGGACGCGUGUACGGUGCAUUGUUGGCCAAGCAGUCGGGGCGUGACAUUGAAUUGAUGAAUUCAUUUGAAUUGCCUGCAAAUACCCAAGAAACUGGACAAGUCAAAGUAGACUGCGCCUACCUGACCACCAAACAAGAACAACUCAAACUUGUCUUUCCACAAUUUGAUUUUAUGGGAUGGUACUCUCUUGGAGUCGCACCGACUGAUUCUGACCUAAAGAUCCAUGAACAAUUUCUUCCUAUGAACGAAUCGUGCUUGUUUCUACAAAUGAACCCAACUGCUCUAGAAGGAGGAGCAAAGGAAUUCCCGGUCAGUAUCUAUGAAUCCGUAUUCGAUAUCAUUGAUGGCCAGACCCGCCUUGGAUUCGUAAAGGCUCCCUAUCGAGUUGAGACCAACGAAGCCGAACGAAUUGCGAUUGAUCAAGUAGCCAAGCCAAGUACAUCUGAAAAUGAAGUUGGACUAGGAAGUGCACUUAUUGCUCAUUUGACUACUCAGAGAAACGCUAUUGGAAUGCUGUACGCAAGAAUCCAGUUUCUUCAAAGCUAUCUUAGAGACACAAAGGCCGGGUUGGUGCCUGUGGAUCAUGAUAUCAUGCGCCAGAUCGCCAGUGUCUGCAGAAGAUCUCCUGUCAUUGAUCAAAUAGCAUUUGAAGAUCAGUAUUCUACAGAAUACAAUGAUAUCCUUUUGGUUACCUAUCUGGCUACAAUUACAAAGGGAAUGAAUACCCUCAAUGACCUGAUUGAUAAGCACAACCUUGUUCAUAGCCGUGGAGUCAAGAAUACAACAAAAACAGUCGUUGGAGGAAAGAAAGGAAGGUGGGAAAAUAGUGUGUAAGAAAGAAAAGAUUAGAUGGUAACAAUGCGAUACGAUACGAAGCGAUACGAAGCGAUUCAAUUUGAUUUGAUUCGAUUCGAUUCGAUGCGAUAAGCUAGGAUAGAAUAUGAUAGAGGAUGAUAAAAGUAAAGAAAAGACAAAGUACAGAUUUACAAUAAGUCUUGUUAUUUGGCUUGUGAUUUCAACUAUAAUCACUACCCUUAUUUUUAUUUCAUUCUACUAUAUAAUUAUAUAUAAUAUUUUAAAUAAUC